UAGAAUAUCUAAAUGUUUCAAACCAGAACUACAUAUCUACCAAAUUUAACUUGGAUCUCGUCUUUUCAAAAAGAAACAAAUUGAAACAUUUUGAUUUAGCUAAUAAUAAGUUUACAUCAUGUGCCGGAACUAUGAGUGGUUUAUCUAAUUUAAUAAUGCUGAAUUUUUCUGGAUCAUCAUGUUCUGAUUUAGCGGUGGACUUUUUCAACUUCUUUCCAAGUCUACAGAAACUUGUUUUACAAAAAGCGGACUUGAGAUCCGUGAUACCAAAGGAAAGAUAUUCAAAAUUACUUUAUAAUAUGUUGAAUCUUUCAUACGUUGAUUUCACGGGAAAUGGAAUUGAAUUGAUCAAUACGAAACUUUUUACUAAACAGAAAAGAUCAUUGGAAACACUGAUUCUAAGAAAUAACAAACUCCCAUACGUUCCUAUAAAUGUCAAAGAUUUCCCUAAACUUUCCACCUUGGAUUUAAGAUCUAACAAAAUAGAAUAUUUUCCAGAGAGCAUCAUGAAUGAAAUAGAUGAAGCUUUAAGACAGACUGAAAGAAAGCAUUUAAUGAUUUACCUUUUCAAGAAUCCAGUAAAAUGUAACUGUGAAACUCUUACGUUCCUUGAAUGGUUAAAUGAAAGAAAGAUAUUUUUUGACAAUGUUGCAAACUAUACCUGUCAAUAUACCGAUGGAAGCUUAACUACCACAUCAUGGACAUAUCGUAACCUACAAACAAUUCAGGUAAGUUGUAUGGCAAAAACAUGGCUAUUGAUUUCUGCUCUUCUGACAUUUUCUCUCGUAGUACUAAUUAUGAUAGUCGCAUGGUCGUAUAAGUAUAGAAUGGCACUUAAAUAUUGGUAUUACAAUAUUCGUCGUAAAUACAGAAUACUUCAUGAUAGUGAUACAGAGAUUGAAAGGCGUAAAUAUGACGCAUUCGUUGCCUAUCAUCAAUCAGAUUAUAAAAUUGUUAAAACAAAAAUUGUGCCAUUUUUGGAAGGCAAAAAGGGUCUGAGUUUGUGUAUCCACCAACGAGACUUUUUAUCAGGAUUAUAUAUUGCUGACAAUAUUAUGGAUGCCAUGAAGAAUAGUAAAAAGAUAUUAGUCUUGAUAACAAAGAAUUAUCUUGAGAGUAAAUGGGGGAAAUUUGAACUAGACAUGGCAAGAAUGCAGAUAUUUCAAGAAGACAGAAAUCUGCUUAUUACAGUAAUGAUAGAAAACAUACCACCUUCUAAAAUGCCGAAGUCGUUACUUGAUAUCUGGGAACGCAUCACGUGUAUUGAAUCUGAUGAUAGUUUCUGUAAUGAAAUGAUUCCUACAGAAGGCUUACACGCAUGGAAGCAACUGUAUGAAUCUAUAAUAAGUUUAUAAGAAGUCGCUAUUCGCCAUAACUUUGGAAUAACAUUAAGCAAAAUAUUAGGAAAACAACAAAUAAACCUUCAAUAACCUUAAGUUAUCGAAAGACAGACAAAACAAUGGACAAAAAAGAUAAUAAAACCCACACCAGUACAUAAAACACAUGUAGACAGUAACCUAAAUAUAGAGGAAGUCGGGUCCCAUAUCAACUGAGUGAAUCCAUGUUCCUAGUAGUAACCUAUUUGUCAAGCUGUAAUGGCAUUUCAAAUCAUUAUAAAACCAAACCAAAUCAACCAAACACUUUUUCUUUGAACUGUAAACUAUGAAUACUAGUACUGUAACUUUAUUUAACUGAAGUUAUUUACACUUGAAGAGCACCAAAAGCUUACGUUUGAAUUUAUUUUGACUUCGUUUUGCUCAAUAGUUAUAGUAGUCUUUUUUUAUUUUGUUUCAAUACAUAUUUUUAUUUUCGUUUUUUUUUAUUUCAUGGUUAUUUAAAACAUGGUUUUACGUUCCUUAAUUUCAUUUUUGGUUUAUUUUAUUCGGACUUUCGUAAAUUCCUAUUUUUUUGCCAUGGAGCGUUUUCACGUUUAAACGUUAAUGCACAAACGAUAACAACAGCCCAAAAGGAUAAGUUUUAACAACGAACACAUAGCUACAUCAUUAUAAGGUUUCAUUUAGUUUAAAAUGUCAUAGUAAGUCUAAGGGUAAUCUCCAUGACUGUAAUAUUUUUUCUGUCUAUAAAGAAAUAACAUCAGAAAUGUGGUGCAAACUGCGCGGGUUAUUUAAAAGUGUGCACUGCAUUUUUUAGUUUAUUUCGAAUAGACAGAACAAAUAUUGCAGUCAUUCCUUUAAUAAUUUAAUUUUAAAUUCCAUUUUCAAGGAGAAAAUCAUGAAAAAAAAACGUGAAUGACGUCACGGUCACAUGACAAAAUUAUGUCUACGAGCUGAUAGACAAAAAACUUUCAGCCAAUCAGAAGACGUGUUACAUCCAAAUUUAAAUUAUUCAAAGACAAAAUGAUACGAAUCUAUGUAUAUGCGUUAUGUAAAUGAAUGUAAUAUGAAAUAUGAAAUACAAUUACAUUUCUAUGUAUGAAAAAUUUUUUUGAGUACAAUGUAGAACAGUUGUGUAACAUUUCAGAAUGUAUUGUCUAUACCUCAGUUGUUUAUAGUAUUAUGUCUAAAAUGUUAUAUAUUAUGAUGAUCAGUGGAAAAAUACUUUUACAGCAAGAGGCAUUAAACUUCGUACAUAUAACUCAUUUAGAAAAGAUUCGAAAAUGAAACGUAUUCAAUUUGUAAAUUUCCAAUGCCAUUUACAAAUUGGAUUCAUUUUGAUGUUAUUUCCACCAUCAAGAAUCGAAACAGGAAGAUUUAAAAAUAAACUUUUACGAAGUAUAGUGACACGUGUAAAAAUAUUUUCGAAGAUGAAUUCCAUGUAGUUUUAACAAGUCGAUUAUUUGACGAUAUUAAGGAAGAUUUAUUUUAUGUUGGUUUAAUGUCUCUAAAUGAUCAACGGAUAUUAGCAAUUUUAUUUUUAGAUAUCAAUUUGAUUCGUAGCUGUGCAGAAACCUGUUUAAAUGUCUUAUUUAUAUAGAAGGUGAAAUAUUAUAUUGUGUAAAUAAUGUAUAUAUGCAUUUUAUAAUAAACAGAUUCUUUGUACUGAUCUAAUGUCAUUGCCACUUAUAAUUAUUAUAGAAUGACUCUCUUUAUAUGUAUAUGGUUACCCUUACGCAAUGUUGUUCUUUGUAUCAUUGGGAGAUGAGACGUAUUGUAAUGAAUUGAUAUAACAUUUUCUAUUCACACCGUACCAAUUACUUAGUCUUAUGAUUAAACGCUUUUACUUAUUUUUUUUCAA